AUGAAGCUGCUUUCCACACUCGCUACUGUGGCAGCCUGCGGCUCGUCCAUCGCCUCUGCCCUAAGCCCCCCGGUUAUCGACACCCACUACGGUACAAUCCAUGGCGGUCUCUCACCCUUCCGCGGAGGCGACAAAGCCUUCGUUUACAAGGGCAUUCCUUAUGCACAGCCUCCUACAGGUGCAAACCGUUGGACAAAGGUUGCCGGUCCAUCGAAAUGGGGCACGCUGAAUGCGACCGAAUUCGGACCACAAUGCGCGCAAACAAUCAGCGAUGCUGGCAUCUUCUCCAGUGGCAAGACCACAACCAGUGAGGACUGUCUUUACCUCAAUGUUUGGACUCCGGCCUACAAGAACCAGACCAAUAUGUCCGCCAAGAAGCUGCCGGUGCUUUUCUGGAUUUAUGGAGGCCGAUUCACCGGUGGUUCCGGUGAUGUCAAGACAUACGAUGGCACUGGCCUGGCACAAAAGGACAUCAUCGUUGUGACCUUAAAUUACCGUUUGGGGCCAUUUGGAUACCUCGCCCACCCCGAACUUACUGCUGAAUCAGGCCACAACAGUUCUGGCAACUAUGGCAUUCUGGAUCAACAAGCAGCUCUGCACUGGGUCAACGAGAACAUUCAACUCUUCGGCGGUGACCCUAAUCAAAUUACCGUCGGCGGGCAAUCCGCUGGCUCUGCUAGUGCCCUCGAUGCUAUGUGGAGCCCGCUAGCUGAGGGCCUCGCCGAAGGUAUCAUAUCAGAGAGUGGUGCGCGAGGAACACACGAUCCCAUGACUGGAACUGUUGCCACUAGCUAUCGGACCAAGAAAGCCGCUGAAGAGCAGGGAGUCGCGUUCCUCAAGCAAAUGAAUGUGACAUCCAUUGCCCAGUUGCGGAAUGUGUCUAUGGAGGCUCUCCUUGAAUAUGACUCGCUCUCCGAUACCAUUUGGGAAGGCACUCCUUUCGCUAACCUCUCUGCCACAUUCAUGGAACCCCCUAUGUGGCGGCCCAAUAUCGACGGAUACGUCUUCACGGAUAACUACUCGGGAGCGUUGCGCAAUAAUUCUCACGCCGAUAUUCCCAUCCUUACUGGAAGCAACAAGGACGAGUCCGGAGCCAGCCCAGACCUGUCUUACACGUCUUCCGACUACCACGAUCUCUACAGCAACCUCUUUGGCGACCUUUCAGACGAUUUCUUCGCCUUGUAUCCCGGCGAGAAUAGCUCCCAGGCGUCGCAAAGCGCUAAAGAGUUCUACCGUGAUCUCAGCCGCGUCGGCACCUGGCGUUGGGCCGCCGACUGGGCUGCAGGCGGCGCCAAGAGUAACGUGUAUACUUACUACUUCACUCACGCUCCUGCCGAAAACCACGAUGAGGGUGCUUACCACGGCUCCGAGCUCUGGUACACCUUCAAUAACAUUCCCUACGCUUCGUACUCCAAUGUUACAUGGAACAGCGAGGACUAUGCUGUCGAGAACAAGAUGGCCAACUACUGGGCGAACUUCAUCCGCACUGGAAACCCUAAUGGAAAUGGGUUGCCGCAGUUUAAGCCAAGCACCAAGACCUCUGCGAAGACCAUGUGGCUGGGCGAUUCGUGGGGAAUGGGUCCCCUGACCAUGAAUAGCAAGCGCAUUCAAUUCUUGCAGAAAUGGACUUCCCGUCUGCCGGCUUGGUGA